CGACGAAGUGAUCGAUCGAGAUCUCCCCGUGCUUGGCAAACACACGAGUCUGAUCUCUCCCAAUCCUGCUCGUCAAUGUGGUCAAUACAUCUCAUCUGAAGCAAUUACGUCGCAGUAUAUAUUGAGCACACUAACUAACUGUGCAGUAGAAGCACUACGCUCGCAGCCCAUUUGAUACAUACUCCUAGCAGUUGAUUAAAAGUAGGAGGCCCAUGACAUCCACGGCGGUCGCCGGCGGCCAGGUCCUGGACGCCUCCAACCCGGCGGUGGCCCGCGUGCGGCAGCUCAUCUGCGGCCCGGAAUAUUCUCAAGAUGGGUGGAGCCGGUGCUGGGAGGAAGGCGUGACGCCGUGGGACCUGGGCCAGCCCACGCCGGCCGUCGUCCAGCUCGCCAAGUCCGGGACACUGCCCUCCGGCGACGCCGCCACCGUGCUCGUCCCGGGAUGCGGCGCGGGGUACGACGUGGUGGCGCUCUCCGGCCCCGGCCGCUUCGUCGUCGGCCUCGACAUCAGCGAGAGCGCCGUUGCGAAGGCCAAACAGUGGUCGGCGGCCGACGGGAGCUUGUUCGCCUUCGUGGCGGCGGACUUCUUCACCUGGGAGCCGCCGGAGCUGUUCGACCUCAUCUUCGACUACACAUUCUUCUGCGCUUUCCACCCGUCGAUGAGGCCAGCAUGGGCGAAGCGAAUGGCCGACCUGCUCAAGCCCAGUGGCGAGCUCAUUACCCUCAUGUACCUGGCUGAAGGUCAGGAGGCUGGGCCGCCAUUCAACACAACAGUGCUCGACUACGAGGAGGUGCUGAAGCCCCUGGGUUUCGUGAUCACUUGCAUCCAAGACAACGAUGUGGCUGUCAAACCACGACAGGGAAUGGAGAAAAUCGCAAGGUGGAAGAGGAUGGCAAACCCAAACACUCUGAAUUCUGCAGAGUAAAACUGUCUUGGAGACUCCAGCCCAUAAUAGCAUAAUACGGAAUGGAUUCUGCAGUAGUAAUUAGUAAAAUAAAUAAAAAAAUGAAUGCUCAUUAUACUCCAGCUCGUUCUUGUGCCAAACAAUUGGUAAUAUUGUUCGUGAUCAUGUUAUAUGUUGUGCAAAACAGUAAGUUGUGGCUCCUCUUGAAUAAGUAAAGGAAUUAAUAAACCCUUUUCUGUUUA